AGGAGGCGACCUGAUCCUAGAUCAGCACUCCUACCCUGAAACACUUUGUGAACACAAUCCAGGUGUACUGUGAUUAUGAAGUUGUGAUGAGGUAUUAUUAUAUUAGUUGUGCUGAUGCAUGAUGGGUUGUAGGCUAGAGCUUGAGGACUCAACUCUGAAGACUGUUUCUGAAUUCACUGACCUGGUGAGUAAAUGUUGUGUACAAUGGCACCAUCUAGUGACAGAAACAUAGAAACACACAUUGUUGCUGAACGAAGGCAUCUCUUUAUUUUCCAGAAAUAAAACUUGUAGACCUUUCCUGCAGGCUCUGAGGAGAUGGACAGCUCUUCUUCUUCUGGACGAUCUCCGUCUCCUACUGGGACUGUCUUCUUACCCCCUCCUAUCAUGUGGAACAGUCUCUACAAGCAGGCAGAGAUGGAGGUUCACUUCCCGAGUGAAGAGAAGAAGACCUAUACAGAGAAGGAAGCCCACAUGCUUGAGUUGAGGGGGAAGGAUCGAACGAUCCGAAAUCAGAAGAAGGAGAUGGACAGACUUCAAGUCUGCCUCUGGGAGGAGGAAAAGAAGAAGAGGAAUGGUGGAACGGAGAAGGACAAGAUCAUUGAACAAUUACAGUCUGAGACAGACCAUCUCCGAGCCCUUUUAAAAGAUGAAAGGAGGAGAAGAAGAGUAGAAAGGGGUAUCAUGGAAGAGUGGAAGGCUGAGAUCUUGAGACUGAGGGAGGCAGAGUGCCAGAGGGAGUCAGAGAGCCAGAGGGAGGCAGAGAGCCAGAGAGAUGCAGAGAGACAGAGAGAAACCUGCCAUCACCACACAUACCAUCAUCGCAUCUACCAUAACCACACCUACCAUCACAACACCUCCCGUCAUCACACCUACCAUCAUCACAUCUACCAUAACCACACCUACCACACCUACCAUCACCACAUCUACCAUAAUCACACCUACCAUACCUACCUUCACCACACCUACAACCACUCCACUUACCAUUACACCUACCAUCCCGACACUUAUCACACCUACCAUCCCUACCACCACACCUACCAUUAUAAAUGUGGAUAG